GUUUCUAUCAACUUCGGGCCUUACUUCAAAUACCCACCAAGAGAUAUUAGUUAUCGUCCGGUCAGUGACAUGGGCUGGGUCGCUGUAGUAGAGCACACGCUGGCAGAUGUCCUGUAUCACGUAGAAACAGAAGUUGACGGGAGACGCAGUCCACCUUGGGAACCUUAAAAGAUGCGAUGUAUUUAUUUUUUUAUUUUUUACAAAACGAAAAAAAUGAUGGUGGUAGAGGGGAAAAAGUAAUAAAUGUCUCUUUUUUUAAGUUUCUAGA